CGUCAACAAAUUAUCACAAAGUGCAGAAAAGGUCGCGAGUAAAAAGGGAGGCGAUUUAAUUGCAUUUUCAGCCUUAAAAAAUAAGUUCAAGUGGUAAAAAUUCCAAUCCCUGUUGGCCAGGAUAGCGGUGUGCAUAAACACGACGGCAAAUGUUGUGAAUACGAACCGGAAAACAUCGGCGGAAAGCAAUAUCUCACAGGAAACACCGUCAGUAGCUGAACCAUGAACAACUUGAAAGCCCCGUCACUUCAUUCUCUGCUAGAUUCUGACCACGGUUCAUCGAAUGACAGCUUGCUUGCGGAAUCAUUGCAGCUGGAUAUAGAUGAGCUGGACGAUGAAGAAUAUUCAAUUCCGGCUGUCAGUGAACUUCCAACGCUGGAAAGCGUGCUCAGUGAAAUUGACAGCGACCUGGACAGUGCAUCAGCAUUGGGCAGAUUUGCUACGGAGAGGGUCGGUUCCAGCACUUCCAGUUAUGCGAACAAUGGCCGAGGAGGCGAUUUGGGUUCUACACCUACCCCUUCGAUAAUGGGAGAUGACUACGUGAAGCUAGAAUCGAUUCUGAGACAUGUUGUCCUGCAGGGAGUGACUGCACAGCUGUCUUCUGCGGUGGAUCGAGUCGAUGCUGGAUUGGCCACUUCCUGCACAGUUUCACAGAUGAUUGCUGUGGGCACCUCACAUGGGCACAUAUUGGCGUUUGAUUGUUCUCAAACGUUAAAAUGGUGCUGCCAGGAUGGAGUGGCCCAGGGAGCAGUUUCGGCACUAGCUUUCAACGAAGACAACACCCGAUUACUGGCCGGAUUUGCUCGGGGGAGUAUUCUUAUGAUAGACGCUUUCAGCGGAGAUGUGAUUCGAACGCUUAACGAGGUUAUCACACCGAACACGGGAGUGCUUCAUUUGAAAUGGACAAACAGGCCGGCUUUGGCGCUUUGUUCCGAUUCUGGAGGGUCAGUUUGGAGUCUUAGCUUUACCCGAAGAUUGGGCAUCCGUGGUUGCGAUUCACGGUGUCUUUUCAGUGGUGCUCGCGGAGAAGUUUGCACAAUCGAGCCCCUUCUGCUUGGCGAUGAAGAUCACCCGCUAAAGAACUAUACUCUGGUUGCGUUGGCCACGUUGAGCAAGUUUUUCGUUGUAAUGAUUCGACCUCGACUUAAGGUCAUAAAAUUCCAUCCAAUGGCUGCGUAUCCGGACUGUUUGCCUCUUCUAGCUUGGCAGAUGGUCUUGAUUCAAGCGGCUGACUCCUCUCGGACAAUUGACCCAGUGUUGGCAGCAGCACGUGGGCCUGACCUUUUCUUUCAUCAACUGAGUUACACUAGCGGGAGAUUUUCUUUAAUUUUCUUACGACAUAUUCACCUGGGAUACAACCUGUUGGCGCUGCACUGGCUUGGUCCCAAAACUAUAGCUUGUUUGGAUUCGAUGGAAAUUUUGCACUUAUCGGACGUCCGUACUAACAAGGAACUGGAAUCGAUCGACGUAUCCAACGUUGGCCUGAUGUACAACUCUGCACAGUUCAAAGGUCUAGCUACUGGAGGCAAUGUUUCUCCGGCGCUUGCUUUGGCUGGGGGAUCGGCCUGCUAUAACACGGUAGUUUCACAAGGGAGUCAGCUUUAUCUACUCGCCGGAAAAAGUCUUCACGGGGUCAGCGCAAGGGCCUGGAGUGAUCGGAUAUCUUAUCUCACCUCGAUGCAACGGUGGGACGAAGCCAUCGAACUAGCAAUUGAGGGUUGGAGGGCUGCCAAUGGAAGACAUCGACGUUCGGCUGUGGCCAAGGAAAGAAUCCUGCGCAUGUUUGACGAAUACUUGAACGCUACCCGUAAAAUGCCGGAGCAAUGUUUGGAGGGUAUAGUAGCAUGUCUGAUAGAAAUAAACGAAAAGGACCUUCUCUGGCAGGAUCUGUACGAUCGUCUACCGAACCCGGAUUACUAUCUGACGAUCAUAGCUCGACACAUCGAGAACGACGAACUGAACACAAUCGCUCCGGCCGUUGCGCAGGUACUUUGCGAUUACUUCUGGCGCAAGGGAUACACCGCAAGGCUGGAAAAUCUUAUACUCAAACUGGACUGGCAGUGUCUCGAUCUGCACCAGGUGCUAACCAUUUGCCGUAAGGAAAAACUCUACCGAGCUCAGAUGUACCUCAAUACCAAAGCUUUGACCGAUUACGCCGUUUCCUUGACGGAUCUUAUCCCGCUAAUUCAACCGGACGGCAUCGAAGCUAACGAUUCUCAUUUGGGAAAUUGUCUGCUGGUCUAUAUCUCGAGUUGUCUUGCUGGACGAGGCUAUCCUACUGGAGAAAUAGCACCGGAAAUGGUUGCCACCGUCAAGCAUGAGGUGCUGCGCUGCAUAACGGUUAUUCAUUCUAAAAAUGCUCCCGAAGGAGAACUUCCCUAUCCAUAUCUGAGGACGUUACUAGAUUUCGAUACUCGGGAAACCCUCAAUGUGAUUUCGCUGGCAUUUCAAGAAAAGGAGUUCAACGGAGAGCUUGGCCUGUCCCAAAGGCAACGCAUUAUAAACAUCCUCCUGGAAAUCCUUACUCCAGAACACGCCCGAUGGUCACAAAUCGGUAGUUUGUUGAAUUUCAUCGCUCAGCAAAUUGCCUCGCGUCAACUUCCGGAAGACGAUCUUCUACUGGAAAGAGUGGUAACCUAUUUGACGCGGCAGAGCGAAGAAACAACUGGACCAGAAAUAUCCCGACGAGAACAUUCCGAACAGGAACAAACCUGGCUAGAGUUGCUGCGCUCCAACUGCCUCAGCCACAUUCCGGACGAAGAACUUUUGCGGAUUUCACGUCAGAGUCGAUGUUUUCGGGUGACGGAGUACAUUCUAGAUAAGCUUGGACUUUUCGAAGACAUAUUUGACUGUUAUCUUUUGGACGAGUUUCGGCAUAUCGAACUGUUUAGUUACAUUGUUCAGUACAGCGAAGAUGAACGAAGACAAGUGCUACCUUUGGUACUAAAAAACUUCCACAAACUGUUGGACAUCAAUUGUGUGGAAACGGCGAGAGUUAUAACGGAACAAUUUAUGCGACAUCUCAAUAAGUUCCUGCAAUUAUUGGAAGACUCCGCGGAGAAAUUGUUUUUUUUCCUGCGUCAGCUGUUGCGUCUUUCAAUUCAACUGGAAACGCGAGAUUGCGAGAAGUAUCUGGAGCUUCUGUGCCAGUAUCAACCGGAUGAGGUUAUAGAUUUUUUGAAAUCAAAUGAUUCCUAUCGUUUGGACUUUGCCGUCAGCACCAUCCGAAGCCACGGGAUGUCAUCGGCCUUGAUCUACUUGUAUGAGAAGCAGGGUGAUUUUCAAGCGGCCUAUUCGGUGGCCAUCGAUGCCCUGAAAGAUGCCACCGAAGAUUCGGCCGAGAUGUGUGCAAUACAGGUUUCUGGAUUAUGUUCCCGUGCUUCAUCAGUUCUGUCUGAAGCAGAACGGGAAGAGCUGUGGUUUUCCUUGCUGAAAAUAGUUCUGUCCCGAUCUGACCUAACGCAAAUUACCAAGAACAUCCUACACUCGGCCAGUGAAUUUGUGGAUUUAGCGAAAUUGGUGCAACUGGUUCUGACAUCGGGAACUAAAACGGGAAACUUUGGGGACAUCAAGCAUGUUCUGAUCGGAAUGUUGUCCAAUUCAGCCUACGAAACAGUGCUGCUCCAAACAACGUCCAGUAUUUUGGGUCGCGAUCUGCAUUCGAUUCUGGCUAAGGAACGCCGUCAAGCGCGGAAAGGACUUUGCGUGAAGUCCAUCAAGUGCACCAUUUGUCGAGCCAAACUGUACAAUGCUUCCAAGGAUGCCGUUGUUGUGUUUGGCAAUUGUGGUCACGCGCUCCACAGAGAGUGCGCCAACAGAUACUGCACGGUUGAGCCCGAUUCCCCCUCAUCGGUCGAGACGAACUCUUUUGUUAAGCUACGCUGUCCACGUUGCGAUACCGUUAUAGUAGAACGAGAAUCUGUUCGAACUGCCGAUUGCCGGGUAGAUUUGGUACCGGCUCGUAGUGAAGACGCCGGAGACCCAAGCAUUCUCAAAGUCAGUGCCCCUCCCCGAAUUGGACUUUGAAGGCGCAAUCUGGAUUACACUGAUAUAUCAUCUACUUGAAAACAAUUGUUUAGUUGUUCCUUUCACCUAAUGGUUCCAAUUAACGGAAGCGCCAAUGCCAUUCUACUUUAGUAUGAAAAGAUUACUUUAGAUUAUUUCCUCUACCUUUUAUAGAUCUUUUUUUAACAAACUAGAAACCAUCUUAUAAGGUUAUGCAUAGUGAAAUUAGCCUCAGAAUAGUUUCAAAGAGUAUAAAAUCUAACAUUAUUAUUGCAAUUAUUUAUUACAUCUAUUACAAACUAUAUAGCAUCUAAUAUAUAGACAACAAUUAUAAGUCAUCACUGAAAAUUUUAUUCGCUCUUAUAAAACCAUUUGUAGUACGAAUAAAUAAUCCAAAGUGUAUUGAACGAAAUACGAGGAAUUAUCGGACAAAUAAAUGUUUCCC